AGACGGAGUAUCGUGUUGUUGUGCCGCAAUAUCGUGUCGAGUAGACGGAGUAUCGUGUUGUUAUGCCGCAAUAUUGCGUCCAGUAGACGGAGUAUCGUGUUUCCAAGCUGUAAUAUUUAAUUGUGCGGCCAAACCAUCGUAUCUUGUAAACAGAGUAACGUAUUAAGAAUAUCGACCAUCAUAUCAUCUAGUUGUACUUUUAUUUUUGGCGUUGAUACCGCUCCAUAUCUAGCAGCGUGUCAAGGUCUUGCAACCAUGAAGUCACGUUUCGCCAUCUUCUGCAUCUUUAGCAACCUUUCAAACCACGAGUUCACAUCUUCGAGCAGCGUUUCAGGGUGAGUAUUUUGCAGUUCAGUGAUUUAUUUGAAUUCAAAAGCAUUCAACAGCACUGAAUAGAAUCGCAUUUCAACCAUCGCGUUUUGCCAUCUUCUUACAGUGUGUCAAGGUCUUGCAACCACGAGUUCACACCUUUCGCCAUCUUUAGCAGCCUUUCAAACCACGAGUUCACAUCUUCGAGCAGCGUUUCAGGGUAAGUAUUUUGCAGUUCAAUGAUUUAUUUGAAUUCAAAAGUAUUCAACAGCACUGAAUAGAAUUAUUCGGUACAAAAUUUGCAACGGGGUCGACAGACUCGAUCCAACAGAUCAGAAAGAUAAACGACAGACUCGAUCCAACAGAUCAGAAAGAUAAUGUCAGACUCAGAGUUGCAUUGAUAUUGUCAGAAAGAGAUACGAAGUUUGUUAUAUCAAUUUCCAUUUGAAUAUGUCACUCUCGAAGAUAAACAAGUCGGUGGUUACAGUUCGAAGAGGGCACUUUAUGAAUUCUGUUUUUGUCAACCCUGGUAUUUGUUCAUGUGCUGUUGAUGCUUUUUUGGAAAUAUCUACGCACUUGUUUCUUCCAUAUUUAUCAAAUCUACGUACUAGGAAUGGGUUUACAGAUCUGCUUUUCAAUGUUUGCUCACAUUAUAUCUCUUCGAGAAGAUAGUUCAUUAUUGAGGGAAAUCAGGGAGCCUGUUUGGUCAUACAUAAUAAUAGACCUUUGAAGUUCAUUUGCGGCUAGGGAUUGUAAUGCCUGUUUUAGCCAGAUAUUUGAGAAAAGAACAAUUGGUUAUCUCAAUGAAGAGGAAGAGAACCUUUUCAUGACACAAAGAACAUUUGAUUCUUUUUGUCGUUCAUGCUCGAGUUCUGUGACUUUGAAUAGCAGUAUUCUUUUGACAGUAGUGACAGCAUAUGGAUUAAACCAGUUGGGUUUAGAUAACAAUAUGUGGCCUAUUUUUGUCACUCAAAUGCACACAAAUCCAGGAAGGUUAAAUUGCACCAAUUGCCAUACUCAAACUUCUGAGCCUGUCUUAAGGAAUGUAUUAAACUCGCGUUUCCUUUUCAUUGAAUUUUCUCCUGCAUUAAUGAAAGACAUAAAUGUGUUUGAGGAGAUUGAAAUCAGUGGAGCUCAGUACAAACUGAGAGGUGUAGUGCGAUGUCACAACAACCACUUUACUUGUGCUGUUAAAGAUCAUAGUGCAUGUAAAUGGACUUACUUUGAUGAUCUUUCAGUAAAUUUGCAAGAGUUU